AUGAGGAGAAGCAUGUGGGUACUUCAUUUUUGCAGUUGUAGGUAUCCAACCUUUUUGAAUGUUAUCAUUAGUGCAAUAAUGUCUUGCUAUUUCAAUAACUUGACUGCCAUGCUACUACACUAUUCGAGUCGCCGCAGUUGCGAUUUUCCAGUAUUACUGUAUUUUGAAGUCUCGGUAGGUAUCUAG